AGUUCUUGUAAACCGGAAGAAGUGAGAAACAGUGAGGUGAUUUAAACACCUGCAAGUCCGUCAUUUCUCUGAUUGUGUAAAGGAAAGACUGAAUAUGACUUCUGAAAGGCAAAGCACAUCGGCCACUGCAGACCCUGCCGCUGGAGUGGCCCCAUCAAUAUCCAAGGAAGAUAUGGAGUACUUAAAUAACAAAACAUUAAGGAGCCUGGAAUCGAAAACACCGGAAGAAACUAAAGAGUUUAUUAAAAAGAAAGAAGGAGCAGUAUCAGAAGUGAGGUUUUAUCCGGAUAGACCAACACAGCGCCUCCAUAAAGACAGAUUUAUAAUCAAAGAGCCAUCAAGAUAUUACGACCCAUGUGCUGAAUCUUCAAAGAUGGCUGUUAGGUGCAUGGAGAAUCACGACGAGGACUACAAGGAGGUCUGUGCCGAAUAUUUCCGUGCUUACCGUGAAUGCAAAAAGGAAUGGAUGGAACAGAGGAAAAGAGACAACAGAAAUGGGGGUAUAUGGUGAAGUUUUGUGACUCUCCUAUGUUGGUUGUAAAAAAUGCGUGCACUUCAUUCAUUCGCCACAAAUAUUUAUAUAUAGCCUGUUUAUAACUUUCUUAACCAAUUACGUCAAAAUAAUGAAUCUAUAAAAACACAAUUUUGUUUAUGCAUACUCAAAAGAGAAUAG